AUGAAUGAGAGGAGUAAGAGGGUGUUAAAUUUCACCCUGGAGAUUGUCUACCUGCUGACUGGAGGGGUGAGUAAUGCACACAAUUUAUCUCAUUACAAGAAAUAGCAGGUGUUUUUACAGGAAGACGUGUCAGUAGGGAAAUGUUUGGGUAUCGGCGAGAUAUUUGUGCGAUAUGUUAAUACCAUAGCCACAGAUAUGACUGCUUGCACUGAGCCUCAUAACAGAAAGUUUGUUCUUGUAAAUUGAUUUAUUAGGUAUCCCACUUCACCUGUAUAUGCAAACAGCCUUUUUAAAAUGUUACCGCUUUCUGUCUCUGUGUAGGAUUAUGUUGUGGUGAAGAAGUUUAUUGACCACAUUUCAUACAGUAGCAGCCCCUGUAUUGCAGUAUUCUGCAGGAAUAAGGGUCUCAGCAAGGUGCCUCAACAUCAUUCCCCAAUCCAUGAGAGAAACUAUGAUGAGAAGAUCCUGGAAUUGACCAAUCAGAUCAUUGAGCUGCUGACUGGAGAGGUAAAGCUGCUGGGGAUGGGAAACUAUACUGUAAAACCAAGGAAUGUGUCUGGAUGGUGACUGUAUCAUUGUGUGUAUCAGGUGCCUAUAAGAUGUGACGAUGUCACUGUCGCUUCCUCUAUGGAAUGGUGGGAGUGUUUUGACCCUGAUACAGACUUCUUGACAACAAAUCACCAGCCAUUCACCAAGAUAGGUAAGAAGCUGCCAAGUGUCUUUAUAUAUAGGAAAUGUAUUUGUAUUGUGUUUAUAUAAUCUCUGUGCUACACAGUGACUUGUUCAAGUAGUACGUGCCCCUUGAUAUCUAUCUGUGUGUGCAUACAUCACACAAACACUGUAAUGGCUACGCCAUUCAUUACUCCUUUCCAGUAUGACGUAGAAACCUCCUCUGUCUUCUGAACAACUUGAUCUGUUUCAAUUUAGCAAAGUGCUAGAUUUGACAUUGUUCCUUAGGAGUUUUGUUUCAUACGGUUUCAGUAUUAUAACACAGGGGCUGACGGCUUUAGGCUUUAAAUCUAUUCCAUGCCAUUGGGUUUGCAAUCCAGAUACAGCACACAUCAUACAUCAAACAGACUUGUUAAACCUAGUGCUGGAAACAUCAAAACUGCCCACCUUGGGGUGAUCUGUUAACUAAGUAUUCACAGUGGAAGUACCAUACACAGAAAUAUUCCUCAAAGCAGCUCUCUUUUCAAUUUAAUAAUUUUGUCCUAAAUUGGUCAUUUCACAGUCCUAUCUAUGCAGUUCCAUGUUUAGUGAGUAAACUCAUGCAUUUCAAUGUCUUCAAAACAAAUUGCAGAAGCAGACAUUGUAACCAUAAGGUACUUCAAUCAGAUCUUAUAUUGCCGUACUGGCCUCAAUUUAUUUUGUAACCAUAAGGUACUUCAAUCAGAUCUUAUAUUGCCGUACUGGCCUCUAUUUAUUUUGUAACCAUAAAGUACUUCAAUCAGAUCUUAUAUUGCCGUACUGGCCUCUAUUUAUUUUGUAACCAUAAAGUACUUCAAUCAGAUCUUAUAUUGCCAUACUGGCCUCGAUUUAUUUUGUAACCAUAAAGUACUUCAGUCAGAUCUUAUAUUGCCAUACUGGCCUCGAUUUAUUUUGUAACCAUAAAGUACUUCAAUCAGAUCUUAUAUUGCCCUACUGGCCUCGAUUUAUUUUGUAACCAUAAAGUACUUCAAUCAGAUCUUAUAUUGCCCUACUGGCCUCGAUUUAUUUUGUAACCAUAAAGUACUUCAAUCAGAUCUUAUAUUGCCUACUGGCCUCGAUUUAUUUUGUAACCAUAAAGUACUUCAAUCAGAUCUUAUAUUGCCCUACUGGCCUCGAUUUAUUUUGUAACCAUAAAGUACUUCAAUCAGAUCUUAUAUUGCCCUACUGGCCUCGAUUUAUUUUGUAACCAUAAAGUACUUCAAUCAGAUCUUAUAUUACCCUACUGGCCUCGAUUUAUUUUGUAACCAUAAAGUACUUCAAUCAGAUCUUAUAUUGCCGUACUGGCCUCGAUUUAUUUUGUAACCAUAAAGUACUUCAAUCAGAUACUGGCCUCGAUUUAUUUUGUAAUCAUAAAGUACUUCAAUCAGAUCUUAUAUUGCCGUACUGGCCUCGAUUUAUUUUGUAACCAUAAAGUACUUCAGUCAGAUCUUAUAUUGCCCUACUGGCCUCGAUUUAUUUUGUAACCAUAAGGUACUUCAACCAGAUCUUAUAUUGCCCUACUGGCCUCGAUUUAUUUUGUAACCAUAAAGUACUUCAAUCAGAUCUUAUAUUGCCCUACUGGCCUCGAUUUAUUUUGUUUGCAUAAACUUUUCAAAUUAUCACAAUCUGCUGGUAAAAACCUUUUCAAAAGAUCUAUUUCCAGAUUCACAAUUCAAGUUUAAUGGAUUUAUAAUUCAAGUUUAAUGGAUUUAUACAUUUGAAAUGUUUUUCUAACUGAUUGUGAUCAUUUGAAAAAGCUUUUCCAAAGAAUGAAAUUUGAGGCCAUAGUUAGAGGAUGGACUGGUGCCGAGGGAAGGACUCAGUAACCACCCAUUACACUCCGUGUAAUAGGUAAGAACAAGCAGUAAGUACCAAUACAGAACACGUCAGAAUUUCUUUAAUUAAUUGUUCUACAAUUGGAAUGGAAUAUAGUUACUGAACAUAUCAUCUGUGAUACCUAAUGAUGAUUCAGCUAAAAGUGAAUUAAAGAACACUAAGUCACAUAAACAUUAUAAGGAUUAGACGGCAUACAUUCAUCUGGUUUAAUAUGAAAUAGUUUCAAUAUGGUUUGUUAUAAUCUUCCUGGUGCCACCCCAUCUCAGGUACAUUGAUCAUAUGGCAUUAACACUUUCACAGAUUGAAGUCCAAUUUCAUCCCACUUGGAUGUAUUAACCCACCCCUGGCACUUUCAGCCAAUCAAUGUCAUUCUGACUGGAAAAGAAAUUGACAUUGAAGUUUGAUAUUAAACAGAGGGACGGUGUCUGUGGAAUCUAGGUAACAUAACCAGUACAAUGAGUUGCAGUGUUGGGGUAUGUUAGUGUCCCUUUAAAUUUGCCAAUCCGCCUUAAUGUGAUGCUAUUGUGUGGUGAAUAUAGAUUAUUGACAAAGGUUGUGUGAAAGCCAGUAUUUACAAACUAUAUUGCUUUGUGCAUUGUCCUGCUGAGCCAGGUAGAAACAUAGACUGUGACAGCAGAUGAGAACCAUUUGGCCCAUCUAGUCUGCCCAAUUUCUAAAUCCUUUCAUUAGUCCCUGGCCUUAUCUUAUAGUUAGGAUAGCCUUAUGCCUAUCCCACGCGUGCUUAAACUCCUUUACUGUGUUAACCUCUACCACUUCAGCUAGAAAGCUAUUCCAUGCAUCCACUGCCCUCUCAGUAAAGUAAUACUUCCGGAUAUUAUUUUUAAACCUUUGCCCCUCUAAUUUAAGACUAUGUCCUCUUGUUGUGGUUGUUUUUAUUCCUUUAACCCCUUAAGGACACAUGACAUGUGUGACAUGUCAUGAUUCCAUUUUAUUCCAGAAGUUUGGUCCUUAAGGGGUUAAAUAUAGUCUCCUCCUUUACUGUUUUGAUUCCCUUUAUGUAUUUAACCCCUUAAGUACACAUGACGGAAAUAUUCCGUCAUGAUUCCCUUUUAUUCCAGAAGUUGUGUCCUUAAGGGGUUAAAUGUUUCUAUCAUCCCUGUCUCAUCUUUCCUACGGUAGAAGAACAGAAUUGUAUAGAAUGUAUAUUAUGUUCUGUAAGUCUCUUCACAGUCAGGAGCUUUUCUCAAACAGAAUAUCACACUUCUGCUGUGGCCAUGAUUAAUAUGAAUCUAUAUCAGGGGUGCCCAAAAGGGAGAUCCCAAAAUGUUUCAAAACUACAACUUCCAUAAUGCUUUGUCAUUCUAAAGACAUGCAAAGCAUCAUACAAUAUCUGGGAUCUACCUUUUGGGCCCCUCUGAUCUAUAUAAAGCCUUGUAUAAUCAUAUACUUUACUAGUGAUAAAUUGCAUAUAAUGUUUUUGUACACUUUAUUAUGUCGAAACAAUAAAACACUGAUCCAGUUAUAAUGCUAAAUAAUACACGUUAUUACAUUUCUAGAUUGGAAAUAAUACAAUCUUAACAGAAUAACAUUGAAAUUGUAUGUAAUUAAACUUAAAGGAACACUAAAGUCAACAAAACAACUUUAGCUUAAUGAGGAAGUUUUGGUGUAUAGAUUAUGCACCUGCAGUCGAAUUGCUCAAUUCUCUGCCAUUUAGGAGUUAAAUGAUCACUAUAGUGUCAGGAAAACAAACCUAUUUUCCUGACACUAUAUAACCCUUAGGUCCCCCCACCCUAAGGAUCCACCUCCCUUUAGCCACUUACCUUAACCAAGCAGCGGGCUCCCUCGGCACUGGUGACCUCUCCUCCCCCUGACGACGUCAGCUCCCGAGUGGAGCGGCAAGAGCCGCGCGCGCAUUCAGACAGUCCAUAGUAAAGCAUUUCUCAAUGCUUUCCUAUGGACGUUCCACACGUUGAAUGCGAUUUUCGCAUCCAGCAUCGCAGAAGCACCUCUAGCUUCUGUCAGGAAGACAGCCACUAAAGGCUGGAUUAACCCUGAAAUGCUAUGUUUACAUCUGAAGGGUUAAAACCUGGGGGAUCUGGCACCCAGACCACUUCAUUGAGCUUAAGUGGUAUGGGUACUCCCUAUCCUAUUGAACUAUUGUCAGUGUUUCGCUGUUAUAGUCUGAAUUUUGCAGUUGGGUUUUCACUGAACUAUCUCUGGAAAACAAUUAUCUGAAUGAACCAGGAUGGGAACCUAAAGUGUUGUGUGUGGCAGGACCUGUCCCAUGUGACCACUAUGUGCAUGUCUCUCUGUCCCUGCUUUAUCUUCAUGUAGGUGUCUUUUGCAGAUGUUACUGCACGCUCUCAGAAAACACUAUCAAUUGUUCACUAAUACUGGCAAUUUUGUUAUUUUAUAGCUUUUCAAUAUUUUGACUACAUUGAGACUACACGUAAAAUACUUUCUUUAUUUGUAAUCUUUUCCUAGAAUGGUAACUGAUCACUGAGUGUGCAUGUGUGGUCUUAUCAGCUGUAGCAAACAUUACAAUCUUUCUCUGCUGAAACACUCACGCAUGCCUAUUUUUUUUUCCAACAGAUAUGUCUAAAACUGGAAAUACAUCUACAGGAGGCGAAAACCUCACUGGCAUGUAUAUUUCCACAGACAACACACAGAUGGACUAUACGUCUUUUCAUAUUAAGGAGGAAUCCAUCUCAUCUGAAGAAGGAAAUUUCUCUGACUUUUAUGCAUCUUCAGAACAUCCACAGACAGAAUAUCUGUCUGCACAUAUUAAGGAGGGUUCAGCCUCACGUGAAGUAGGAAAUCUCACAGAUAUUUCUACACCCACAGAACAUCCUCAGACAGAAUAUCCAUCUACUCCUAUUAAGGAGGAACCAGCUUCAUAUGAUGAAGAAAAUCUUAUAGAUAUUUCUACAUCCACAGAACAUCCACAGACAGAAUAUUCAUCUAUUCUUUCUAAGAAGAAAUUACUCUCAUAUGAAGGAAAUCUCACAAACCACAACAUUUAUACACCCUCACAACAAUCACAGGCAGGAUAUAUGUCUAUUUGUAUAAAGGAGGAAUCGUCUUCUGGCGAGGAAGAAAAUCUAACUAACUCUGAUAUUUUUUUCAUGUAUAACUGCUCUAAGUGCCAAAUGUCAUUUAAUGAUCACACAGAUCUCAUUAACCACAGGGCACUUCAUAAUUUAGAUUUCCAUGCUUGCUCUGAAUGUGGGGAGCAAUUUAGCUGUAGAUCAGCACUUGCUGUGCAUGAAACAGCCCAUAAAACAGAAAAAAUAUCUGCAAGUUCUGAAUCUGGGAAACAUGUUUUACCUAAACCACGGCUUCUUGAUUAUGAAAGCGUUCACAUAGGUGAGAAGCCAUAUCCCUGCCCUGAUUGCGGGAAAUGUUUUAACCGGAAACAGCAUCUUAUUUUACAUCAUAGAAUCCACACUGGAGAGAAGCCGUAUCCUUGCCCUGAAUGUGGGAAAUGUUUUAACUUGAAGCCCAAUCUUAUCUUGCAUCAGAGAAUUCACACGGGAGAGAAACCAUAUUCCUGCCCUGAAUGUGGAAAACGGUUUAACCAUCAAUCGCAUCUUGUUAACCAUAAAAGAAUCCACACUGGAGAGAAACCGUAUUCAUGUCCUGAGUGCGGCAAAUGCUUUGCUCAUCAAUCAGUUCUUGUUUCUCAUCAAAGGACUCACACUGGAGAAAAACCUUUUUUCUGCCCUGAAUGCGGGAAAUGUUUUGCACAAAAAUCUGUUCUUGUAAAGCAUAAGAGAACACACACUGGAGAGAAACCAUAUCGCUGUCCUAACUGUGGCAAAUGCUUCACUCAAAAAUCUGUUCUAGUUAAUCAUCAGAAAAUUCACAAAGGAGAAAACCAAAUUCUAGGGCCUGGCAACAUUUUAGGGUCAGGGAACUGA